AUGAGAACCUUUGUUCCUCCCAGUGUGAACAAUAAUACCAACGAUGGAGGGAGUAGUAGACCUGGGUACAAUAGUAGUACAACACGAUCCACACAACAACCACCGCCAGCUUCAGGAUCAAGUUAUUCCAGACCACAAUCCAGAUUGGUUCAACCAGGAACAUCCAGACCACCAGCAACAUCUCGAACAAACAAUCUUCCAUCGUAUGCAUCCUCUCGAACGUCUCCAUCAACUGCUGGGCAACAACGGCCACAGUCAUCGUAUGCUGGAAGUUCCCAUCACCGGCCACAACCUUCCUAUACCGGUUCGUCAUCGUAUGCAACAGCGAGACCAACAGCAGCAACAACAAGCACUUCCAGACAAAGAACACCUGCGUCAUCCAGAGCAGUUCCACCACUGCCUACGAGCCGAGUUUCAAAUGGAGCGAUACGGACGUCACCCAUUCACAGUAAUAGCAACAGCAACAGCAUUGGUCGAUCCAAGCCUGCAGGUCCGUUGCACCAACCGUUGGCAGCCGAUAGUUAUGUAUGGGUACGAACCGAACUUUUAAAAGCCAUUUGGGACAAUCAUGGCAAGCUACCUUCCGGAUGGACUCCCAAUCGAAAACGAGGUCGUGAUUUGGCUUGGGGUUGGAUGCGAGCGCAGGUCGUGCAAUCGUCGUCCGUUGGAGGCUCUGGGAUUGGACAACAUCGUCUCAAAGGAAGCAGCAGUGGGAAGUCCAUUCUAGUAUCGGUCAAGGCGAAUGAUGCAUCCUUUGCGCCGCAAGAAUUGAUGGAUGCAACAGUUUCCUUUUCCUACGAAUCGGGAGAUUUGGAGACGGUGUGUCCGGCCAACAGUUGGUGGAAGAAACAGAAUCCAGAGGCUCCCACCGAUAUGUGUUCCUUGACACAUUUGCACGAACCUUCCGUUGUCUAUUCCUUGCAACAUCGAUACCAAAAUGACAACAUUUAUACGUAUACGGGGAAAAUCCUUCUAGCGCUCAAUCCAUUCCAAGUACUAGAGGGCGUUUAUGGGGAUCAAGUCAUGAAGCAGUAUUGGAAGCAGGCAGCAGGGUCAAUGGAACGGCCGCCGCCACAUGUCUAUGCAGUAGCACAAGAAGCCUAUAAGGCGUUGUUGGAGAUGCAGGAGAAUCAAUCGAUCCUAGUGUCGGGUGAAAGUGGUUCUGGGAAAACAGUCACGACAAAGAUCAUUAUGGGAUAUCUAGCGACACAAUCCAAACGAAUGCAGGCCAAUCAACAGAGUGCCAAAGAAGGAGUAGAAUCGCAAAUAUUGCAGUCCAAUCCCAUUUUGGAAUCCUUUGGGAAUGCUAGGACAGUUCGAAAUGACAACUCUAGUCGAUUUGGAAAGUACAUGGAACUCCUGUUUACACCAUCGGGAACUCUGGUAUCCGCGUCGAUUCAAACGUAUCUGUUAGAAAAGGUUCGUCUCAUUACCCAAGCACCUGGGGAGCGCAACUAUCACAUUUUUUAUGAGAUUUUGGCGGGCGUGUCACCGGAGGAACGAAUCCAAUUGAGAAUUGCAAAAGCGACAGCUAGAGAUUUCCGCAUGACCGCAUCUUCAGGUACAUUUGAUAGAAGAGAUGGUGUGGAUGAUCGAGAAACUUACCAAGACUUGAGGGGUGCCUUGGAUACAAUUGGAUUUUCCAAGAGCGAGCAAAUGUCCAUGCUUUCGGUUGCUUGUGCUCUCUUGCACAUUUCCAAUAUUUCUUUUGAACCAACAGCUGGGGAGGGUAGUGCACUUGCGGUUUCUCCCUACUUGCAGAAUGCCUUGGCGUUGCUGGGCGUUCCCAUUGAAGCGCUCAACAAUGCCUUGUGUUUGUGUGCGAUUGAGGCUCGUGGUGAGAUAUUUCACAAGAAGCUAUCAGUCCGACAAGCUGAAAAGGCUACGGAAGCUCUCAUUAAGGCUACCUACGGAGCACUAUUUACGCACAUUGUGAUGCAGAUCAACAAGUCCAUUGCUGCAGAGAAUUCAAACACGAAAAUGCACUCACUGCCGAGGAUAGGAAUAUUGGAUAUUUUCGGAUUUGAAUCCUUUGAUAUCAACUCAUUUGAACAGUUAUGCAUCAACUACUGUAACGAAGCUCUCCAACAACAGUUCAAUCGAUUUGUAUUCAAGUUGGAACAAGAGGAAUACAAAUCAGAAGGAAUUGACUGGUCUUUCAUUGAUUUCCCUGACAAUCAGGAUAUCCUAGAUUUGAUUGAAAAGAAACGAGUGGGUAUACUUUCCAUUUUGGACGAGAACUGUCGAUUGAGCAGCCAAAGCGACUCGACGUUUGUGCGUGGCGUUUACGACAAGAAUUCUAGACAUUCUUGUUUCUCAGGGAGUCAAACACAAAAGGCCAGUUUGCAAUUCUGCAUUAAACACUAUGCUGGAGUUGUUAAAUAUGAUUGUGUGAACUUUCUUGAGAAAAACAAGGAUGAGCUACCAAAGGAAACAACAGAGUUGCUAUCUUCUUCUUCCGUACAAUUUUUGGCAUAUCUUGGAGACCUGUUGAGUGAUGAAUCUUCGACUUCUGCAAAGCGUGGUUCUGGAUCGAUGAUUCGCGAAAGUGUUGGAAGUCAAUUUAGAACACAGCUACAAGAAUUGAGGGAUCGAGUUGAUGCCACAACCCCUCACUACGUGCGAUGCUUGAAGCCAAAUGACGAGUUAGUACCAAACAAAUUCGAAUCUCGUGUGAUUGCAGACCAACUGAGAUGCGCGGGAGUUCUUGAAGCAAUUCGAGUUGCUCGAGUUGGCUUCCCCCAUCGAUUCACACACGAACAUUUUUUGGAGAGAUAUGGACUGCUGGCAAAAUCGAAGCUGAAAGGUCUUCCUCGAUCACAAGCGCUGAAGCGCUGCAAGACCCUAAUUGACGGGGUACAGAAUGUGGUAUUGAGAGCAUUGGAAAACGAAACUGAUAUCAAGGAGCGCGCUGGUUUGAGAGAAACCGUCGAGCUAGGCAUGCAACUGGGUAAUACAAAAUUAUUUUUGAGAAGACGGCUUUACGAAACGCUUGAGUAUCUCCGCAAUCGACAAUUGGGGAAAUCUGCGAUGAUCAUCCAGAAAUAUGGUCGAAGACACAUUGCUCAGAUGAAUUAUGUUGAAACGUAUCUCGGUUCAUUGGCACUGCAAUGUUUCGCAAGAAGGAUAAUUGCGCGCCGAACAAUUAAUAAUAUUCGUUACGGGCGAGCUGUGACAAAGAUUCAAGCUCAAUGGCGUCGAUUCCUUGCAGAAACGGAACUCAUUGCCGCCAGAUUGAUUGCUCAUUUCUGCCAGGCAAUUGCGCGUGGGGUACUUGCCAGAAAGCUUUACGCAAUUAUGCGAGUGGAGAAACAGGCAACUGUAAUUCAAACAUAUUGGAGACGGUACCGUGAUUUUUCCUAUUAUGAAUACAGGAAAUGGGCGACAGUGACUCUCCAAUGUCUUUGGAGACGAAAAAUUGCCACCAAGAUGCUUCAUGCACGUCGUCGCGAGGCGAAGAACCGAGCUGCUCAGGCACAGGGCAACAGCAGAUUCAAACAACAGACGUUGCAGCAGCACAAGAAGGUCCCUCACAUGCAAAAGAUCGAUAAUACUUCAGUUCCUGAUGUGGAAGCUGAUGACGAGGUGACUCGGCUAAAGCUAGAAGUUGAACGCUUGCAAGCCGCUUUGGCAGCUCAAGGAAAGCCAGAAGCUAGUUCGCCCACAGCGGGAAAAGGUUGGUUCUCGAAACGCGGAACCGAGACUGGUAGUGUGGCGUCGUUAGCAGCGAGUUCGUUUUCCCUUCCUGGAAUUCGUCGUGUAUUUUCACGAACGGGGGGUGAAGAACCCAUCGACGAAACAAGCAAUGAAUUGUUUGAGACGCCAAAAAAGGCCCGAAGCACUUCGGCGACUCCCGACACCGGCAGCACGGGAAUGUCAUCGAGCAUAAGCUUGCUUGACGCAAUUGACCACAAUGAUGUUGCCGACUAUCAGUUGCGAAAUGUUGUGGAAACCCAACAGGCCGGCUCUCCACAGGCAAAGGUUCCAAGAAAUGAUCUCUUUCCUCUGUCCGAAAGAAGAGGUCUGGAAUUCUGUCAAGAAUUACAACGUCUGCAUGACGCGAUAAGAAAUGGUGAUACUCGAACAAUCGAACAGAUGUUAUUGAACACAUCGGAACCCCAUGUUCUCAUCAACGAAGCUGAUGGAAUGGGGCAUAGUGCCCUUCACGCCGCUGUCAUUGCAGAAAACAUUGAUGCAGCAAAAAUAUUAAUUGAAUACGGUGCAUUUGUCAACAUGCAAGACAAUCUUGGUCAAACAGCACUUCACCUUGCUUUUGGAGCUCCAAUGACUAGUUUACUACUGGAUUUCGGGAACGCAAAUCCAAACAUUCCAAAUAUUGAUGGACUCUGCCCACUGCACAUGUCCGUUCAACGAUUUGAUGUCGGGUCGGUGCGGUUUCUAUUAAUGAAGGGUGGAAAGGCAGAUACUGCAGAUUUCAUUCGUUGGUUCACACCGCUCCACGUUGCCGCCCUUCCAGAUGGGAAUAGAGACGAAGUGAAGAUGAAAGCUCGACGAAUGAUUGUGGAAAUGCUUUGCACUUUGACAAAAGAAAAGCCAAAUAUUAGUGACCAAGAUAAUGAAGGCAACACUCCGCUACAUUACGCGGUUCAAAUUGAAACCGAAGAAGCAUGUACUGUUAUCAGCACGUUUCUUCAAAAUGGCGCUGAUCCAAGAAUAUCGAACAAACGAAAUCAGCAACCGCUGCUACUCUUGUGCCACAACAAAGCUCUUCGAAGAUUUGACGGCUUUCAAGACUGUGUGAAUGCCAUGCUUUACAGCGGAGCGAAUCCCAACCAUACUUCGGAUACGGGGUGCACAGCUCUGCACUUGAGCUUGUACCAUAGAGAUGCUGACAGUGCACUGCAGUUGAUCAAUCGUGGCGCGGAAUUGCAUCACUCAUGGAGAAAACCUCCACGUUGGACAUCGUUCUGGGGUGACAUGGGAACCCUUGAGACGUUGCCAUUCGACAUGGUGCAAGAUGAUAACACCUUGUACCGACUUUUGGCGGCCAUUUCACAUCCUACACCGUUGGCUCCAAAGCGGAAUAAAUGCAUGAAUUGCAAGACGCAUCUGGGACCUUUUGCAAAGACCAUUCAUUGUAGUCAUUGUGGCCGCCAUGUCUGCAGUGCAUGCACUCGCACAUCGUUGGCUCCGGAGUUCUUUCCGAAGCCGUUUGACUUACAUGAACAGUCGGCUGUGUGUUUGGUCUGCGAGAAAAUCCUAGUGGCUCGAAAGGAAGACAACUCGACUGGAACUCAGCCGAUUUCUUCGGUUGGAGAUGAAGACGAAAGAAUGCUACCAUCUUCCAUAGAUUUUCAGGCUGUAAAUUAA